AUGGGUAAAUUACUUCAAGUGUUCAUCAUAGGAGGGUUAAUACGGUUUCUACUACCAACGUUCAUUCCCUCAAUAACUACCACCCUUUCUUCAACAGUUGAGUUGAAUACACCCAUAACCUCGUUCAAGUCAUUGCUCGAGGCGAUAUAUUUUUGGAAUCACGAUAUAGAUUUGUAUGACGGAGGAGUGAAUCAUCAUCCACCAUUAUUGGUAAUAAUGGCAUCCUGGAUUAGUUUUUUGCCACCGUCGUACGUUUGGUUCAAUUUGGCGUACACGGUUAUGGAUUUAUCAAUAGCUUGGAAGAUAGUACAACUCAACAAGUGGUACAACAAUUCGCGUAGCAAAAUCGUUGGAUCACAGAUCACUGGAUUCAACAAUGAUUUGGUUGCGUGUUUUUACUUGUUCAACCCAUUAAUCAUUUUGACAAACUUGAGUCAUUCUACAGUUGUGUUUACAUGGUAUUUUAUUGUUGAGAGCUUGACUCAAAUUGUACAAAAGAGGAAUAUUGUACGAUCAAUGAUUGCAUUUGCAGUGGCAACAUACCUUUCAUUUAAUGCAUUGUAUCUUUUUCCUUCGGUGUUGGGGUUGGCUCUCAAAACAUUUUCAACAACCACGACAAAGUUGUUACGUGCCAGCUUGGCGGUUUACUUUGGUUCAUUGCUUCUUUUGGGGUUAGCUUCGUUUGCAUUUACGUCGUCGUGGAAAUUUGUAGAUAAUUGCUACUUGGCUGUCAUAUAUUUCAAGAAAAUAACACCAAAUGUUGGUUUAUGGUGGUAUUUAUUUACUGAGAUGUUUGAAUUCUUCACGCCAUUUUAUCUUGGGAUGUUUAAUCUAUACUCAUUUUCGUUCAUAUUACCAAUUGCAAUGAGAUUAUUUGAAUCAAAUGCUACUCCUGAAUUGGGUGAUUCAUUCUUGGCCGUGUUGUUAUCAUUGCUAUGGAUCUCAUUCACAAAACCAUACCCAACAAUCGGUGAUUUGGGCUUUGCGUUAUCAAUAUUACCCAUUUUCAAGGGCACAGUAUUGCCGUAUUGCAAAUUGAUUUAUGUUUCCAGUUUGACUUUGGUGACAUCGCUUAUCUUGUCUCCUAUUUUUUACUAUUGUUGGAUUGUUUUGGGUAACGGUAAUGCAAAUUUCUUUUAUAGUAUCAACUUGAUAUGGGGUGGUGUACAUAUACUCAUUUUGAUGGACUUAUUAUGGGCCAAGCUCAUUGUUGAUUACGGUGUUGAAAAUGACAUCUGCAAGAAGGAGCUCGAACAACUUAGCUUAGCACAGAUAUAG